AUGAAUACAAUAAUGAAAAGUUUCAUUCUAUUAAAUUUAUUUCUAAUUUAUUCUCGAUAUUGUCGUAGUGUCCAUUUGGUGAUAUUUAUUCCAGAAGAACAAUCUUAUUUGAACCUAGCGGCAGAAUUAGCAAUUAACAGACAUAAUUUGUUGCAAGACAAUAUGUCAGAUAACUAUGUAACUGUAAAUUUUCAUAAAAUUAACCACAGAGAUCCACGUUCAUGGAGUAAUUCUAUCAAAAAUGUUUGCUUAAAUAUUCAAAAUGAUACGAUAGAACAUCCAGAUCUUUUGAUCGAUCUUACACCACCAUCGCAAGCCAGUUGUGGUAUUCAGAAAUUAGCUCAACAAAUUGAUUCCGGAAUUAUAACGCUUAAUUAUUAUGACUGCCCGCCGUUAUACAUUAAUCAAACUCUCCUUAAUAAAACAAAUCUCAUCACAGAAUUGAAUAUACCUUCAGUAAACUUCCCUCCUGAAGCAGUGGCAUCUGCAUUAUCUGUUUUUGGAAAUACAAUCGCUGGUUCUCUUCGAACAGAGACUAUAAUUAGAGGAAGCGAUGAGACUGGUUCUCAAAUCACAAUUUCAGACUAUCGUGACUAUCCGUCUGUGAGACGAUUCUAUCUUACUUUGCCGUCACAACUGAAUGAAUCACAAUUAGCACAGUCCCUAGAAGAAAUAAAAAACGUGGUUAUGAAUAAAUUAUGGCUAUUAUUAGUUGAUUCGCAAACAGUGUGGAAUAUACUUACAACUGUAGCUAAAUUCCAGCAAACCGAUGUACAAAAUUGGAUAAUAUAUGAAGAGCAUGUUAAUUGUAAUUUCUUGUGUGUGGGAUCAGACGUAACUGGAAAACGAAACUGUUUAACGUACAGUAAUUUAAAUAAACUUUAUUGCCUGAAGAUCGGCACAGCCGCUGCAGAUAAAAAAGAAUUGGAAAUGAUACAAAACUAUUACGGAAUAAUUUGGAAUAAUGAAUCUUUUAAACAAUUUGUUGCAUUGAGUGCAUAUGAGACCGUUAAAUCUGGUUUAUUGGCACUGAAUUCCUUACUAAUCGAUAAUCAAUGGCCAGAAAGCAUAAAACCAACAAACUCAUCAAGAAAAAUUUGUGAUUCAUCGAUGCCCACUGUUGAUUCCACAAUGAGGUUUUAUCGUUAUUUAGAAGCCAUAACCAGGCUUCCUAAACGAAAUGGUACUACUGGAAUGAUUGAUUUUAACAAAACAGUAACCAAUCAACAUGCUAUCUUUCAUUUACAACAAUGUUUUGGAAAAUCGAACUCAUCAGAAGCAAUGUGCUAUGAUGUUAAGCUACAUUUUAGAUAUCAUCUAAAUUUAAUCAUAUUUGUUUAUAUUCAUGUGCUAGAUCACUUCUAA